CUUCUUGCUCUCUCUCUCUCUCUCGCUCCUUCUUUCCUGUGGAGGAAAGCGAAGCAAAACUCGGCACAGAAAUGGCUCUCAAGCUCAAUUCCCUCCCCUUUCAAUCUCAAAAAUGUCCAUCUUUUGGGCUCCCAACUGCUGCCAAUCUCAGAUCUCCAAAGAUUUUCAUGGCAUCUACCCUUCGUUCUACCUCAAAGGAGGUAGAGGAUCUCAAGAGGCCCUUCAGCCCUCCCCGGGAGGUGCAUGUGCAAGUGACCCACUCCAUGCCAGCACAAAAGAUCGAGAUCUUCAAAUCCAUGGAGGAUUGGGCAGAGAAGAACAUCUUGGUACACCUGAAGCCUGUUGAGAAGUGCUGGCAACCACAGGAUUUUCUGCCUGAUCCUGCCUCCGAGGGAUUUGAUGAGCAGGUGAAGGAGCUAAGGGAACGAGCAAAGGAGAUUCCUGAUGAAUACUUUAUUGUCUUGGUUGGAGAUAUGGUAACAGAGGAAGCCCUUCCAACUUACCAAACAAUGCUUAAUACUCUGGAUGGAGUUCGGGAUGAAACAGGUGCAAGCCUCACUUCCUGGGCUGUGUGGACCAGGGCGUGGACUGCUGAAGAAAACAGGCAUGGGGACCUUCUCAACAAGUACCUCUAUCUGUCUGGACGAGUAGACAUGAGGCAAAUUGAGAAGACAAUUCAGUAUCUGAUUGGAUCAGGAAUGGAUCCCAGGACAGAGAACAGCCCCUAUCUUGGUUUCAUCUACACUUCAUUCCAGGAGAGGGCUACCUUCAUAUCCCAUGGUAACACGGCUAGGCAGGCCAAGGAACAUGGAGACAUGAAGCUGGCACAGAUUUGUGGCACCAUUGCAGCUGAUGAGAAGCGCCAUGAGACUGCUUAUACCAAAAUUGUGGAGAAGCUUUUUGAGAUUGACCCAGAUGGUACCGUAUUGGCUUUUGCAGACAUGAUGAGGAAGAAGAUCUCAAUGCCAGCCCACCUUAUGUAUGAUGGCCGAGACGACAACCUGUUUGAGCACUUCUCUGCUGUUGCACAGCGGCUGGGGGUCUAUACAGCCAGGGACUAUGCUGAUAUAUUAGAAUUUUUAGUUGGUAGAUGGAAUGUGGAGAAGUUAACAGGUCUGUCUGGUGAGGGGCAGAAAGCUCAGGACUUCAUCUGUGGGUUGGCACCAAGGAUCAGAAGGCUGGAGGAAAGAGCUCAAGGGAGGGCUAAGCAAGCACCUAAAAUUCCUUUCAGCUGGAUUUUUGAUAGACAAGUGCUUCUGUGAGUGCAGAAUGGAAGUUUGCAGCUGCAAAGGGGAGAAAGUGUCAUGAACAGAGGUUGUAGAUACGCUGUUUCUUUCUCUUGUUGGAUCCCAUAAUCUGGCAGAUGUAGUAGAGAUAUAGGGUUGCUGUGUUCUUCUUCCAUCUAGAAAGGUUAGUGUUAUUCAAAAGGUCUAUCUAUGUAUGGGCUUGUGUUUCAUCACACUGCGUUGAGUGUAAGCUUACGGUCUAUGUUUUAAUAUUAUGUCGUUUCUCCCUUGGCA